GCGAUUUUUUACGCAAAGGGCGAUAAAGAAGUUCCGGCUAAGUACUUCAGUACCUCAGCACUAGACCUACAUAUUCAACGAGGGACAGGACUUCAGACAAGCUAAAUAGAUCAAAAUCUGCUAGGGGAAAUUCUUUUAUAUCUGCAAUAUACUUGAGAAAUAUUGCCGAUUACAACAAAACAACAAAUAGAAGAGGAUUGUGUAGGUGGCUCAGGGGAUUCAGGCACCAGAAAUUGAUGUGUUUGAAUAAGAAAGGUUUAGCUGAAUUGCUGCAAGAUUAUAUAAAAUUGACCGUACAAUCAUGUAUACACCAGUUUCAAUUUGAACAAUGGGCUUGUCUUCGCCAGAGAAAAUUUUUCAGGAAAAUUUAUAGAGAAACGGCUUUGAUGUAUUCAUUGUCGACGUCAGCUUACAUGUACUUGGUGGCAAAAGCUUGUGCAGCUGGUAAAUUAGAAAACUGCAAGUGUGCUAGUCAUGGAAAGUCUGAUAAUUCUUCUAAUUGGCAAUGGGGUGGUUGCGGAGAUAAUACAAAAUUCGCGAGGAAUUUAACCUACAGAUUUUUUCAACUAAGGAAGAAAGGUGACAUGAAUCAAAGUCUUUUCAGACAUAAUAGUGAAAUUGGGAUAAGAGUUGUCAUGAAAAAUGAAGAGAUAGUUUGCAAAUGUCAUGGAUUAUCCGGUUCCUGCACUUACAAAACUUGUUUCAAAAAAAUUCGUCCUUUCGAAAAUAUUGUGAAAGAACUAAGAAACCACUACCAUAAUGCCAUCAAGGUAGAAUCAAGUAAUAACUAUCAACUACACAAGAAAGGAAACAGGAAAAAUUUGUUGUAUCAAGAAAAUAGUCCGAACUUUUGCCCUUCGACAGUAGGAAGACGAUGCGAGGAUGCAGGUAACUGCGAUACGUUAUGUUGCGGUAGAGGAUUUUCUACUUUAACUAAUAAAGUGAAAGAAAAUUGUAAAUGUAGAUGGCGCAACGAUAGUUCUUACCAAUUAACUUGUCAGCAAUGUGAGAAAGAACAACUGAUUUUUAUUUGCCAAUAACUUUUGUGAUUUUUGUACUAACUGUUUUUAAAUUAAACAAAAAUUUAUUUGAA